AUGGAUACAUAUAUGGGCACACCUUCCAAGAGACGGUCCAUCUCAGACGCCACGGCCACGGCUGCAAAACUGCAGCCCUCACCGCUCCUGACGAGUCGGUUGGCGAGUGCGACAAAAGAUGACAGUCUGCUGGACACUUCACCACAGACGCCCAGGCGGCCUGACUUCUUAGCCAGAGGACUGUCGCUGCAGAUGCCACCCAAGACGACGGCGACGACAGCUACAACCUCGAUGGCUGCUCCCAGCACAAUCCAGCGCGUACCGCUCUCUCCUCAACUCGACCCUCAGACGUCCUACGCCUCGCCGCAGACCUCUCUACCACGUCACUCGCGUGGUCUAGACUUUUCCAGAGCCUGCACGAAUCUUCACCAUUCCACGCUAGCCGACAACCCUUCUCCCAGCUCGUCUCCCAUCAUGACCCAAGCCGCCGUCCGGAAGCCCAGCGUUAACAGCAUGAUGCUCGACUCGCCCAACCUCUGGCCCCAGGGUCCGACCGACCGCAGUGCUGUCAGUAGUAGUGUGGGCAGCAUUAGCAUGCUUGCCGAUGAAGACAGCAACGACAGCACCAGCGACGAUGAUGUGAUGGACGACAUGGACGACCAAAUCCUUACAACUCCACAGGUUCGGAAAACUACCAACCCGCAAGCCACAACUCCUUUUGGGAAUCACAACACUGUCAUGUGGAGCAACAACUUCUCNCCCGCACACGCCAGUCUGAUGAAGACUUUCCAGCGGAGUCGCUUGAAGAAAGGACGAAGCAGAAAGAGCUCGAGUAGUGCCAGCAACAACUCGGCCAUGCCCAGUCCGCGCACAACUUCGCCGCCGCCGCUGCGCAGCAUCGAAGGCUCUGCUCACUUUGGCUGGCCGCGUCUCCGAGAGACCAGGCCUGAGCACCCUUCUCUCUCAUCAGGUAACGACAGUGGAGAUGAAGCAGCUGCCUCUUCUUCGGUUCCUGGUGUUGUGCGCCGUGCCGUCACUCGUCGGGGCAACCUGCUACCAAAGACAAAGAACUUUGCGCGCAUCCGUGCUGCCCUGCUCGAGGAGUCCGCCCCUGUCGACAGUGAGGUCCGCCGUGAGGCAGAGACUAUGCGUCAAGUCCACAACCACGAUCCGGUCCCUGAUCUCGAAGGCCCGUCCCCUGGCCCCUCGUCUUCACAACCCAACGUCAACCCUAACGAUCCCAACGACCCACAGCCCGAUACCAUCAACAACAAUCCUAUCAGCUUCAACCUUCAUGCUCAUCGCAAUUCUGGCGGUGUCGACUACUGGCAUAAACUGGAGAAUGAACUGCAUACACCUCCUCCACCCGCCUUCCCCACGAGAGGCAGCUCAUCACUUUCUGGUGACAUUGCUAUGGAUUCGCCAGCCGAGAGCACCGCUUUGCGCUCAGCUUCUGUCAUCAGCAUGAAUGAACCAUCAGCCGCUUCAGAAACGGACACUCAGAACUCUACAUACACCAGCCAAGACGCCCUACGCAGGCCCUUUGGCAAACGUCGUCGAGACGAUGACUUCGACAUGCAGAGUUUCAAGCGCAGAGCCGUCAGUCCUAGCAUGAGUGUGCACGGUGGCAGCCCAAUCGUUGCAUCACCCGUUGCUUCUGCUGCAGCACGCAAUCAAGCUCUACCCAAGGAUGGCGCUCCGCUUGAGAAAAGCACUAGUGGUGGAAACAGUAGCAGUACUGCUCCUCGAAGGAUAGGUCUGCAGGGUAUGGUCGACACAAACGAAGGUAUCAUGAGGAUGAGCAUUGAAUAG